GGGCCAGAGGGCAGCAGUAAUGUUAAUUGUGUUGCUUGUGAAAUAUAAAUUAAAAGACAAACGUUUAAGGUCAAGUGUGACUUAAAAUAUUAGUGAAAUUGCAGUGCAUUUUCAUUUUUUACUUCGUGUGAGGCUGAUAAAGAUACAAUUUAAGUCAAGCAAAUGUACAUGUUUGGCCUUUCUUGUUUUUCUUGUGUGUUUGUAGAUACUUAAAAAAUGUCCCUCUUUCGGUCUCUUACUCAGGCUCUUUUGAAGAUCGAUUGUCAGGGAUUAGUGGCCCGACUCAUAAUGGACUUUGUGUUGCUGACUACGGCAGUGGAAGUGGCGCCUCGUUGGAGGGAACUCGCCGAAAAACUCGCCCGUGUUUCCAAGCAACAAAUGGAUGCCUACGAGGCUCCACACAGAGACAAAACCGGGAUGGUGGACAGUGAGGCCAUGUGGAAACCAGCCUAUGACUUCCUGUUGACGUGGGCCGCUCAGAUUGGCGACAGUUACCGCGACGUCAUCCACGAACUACACAUGGGCCUGGACCGGAUGAAAAAUCCAAUCACCAAACGCUGGAAACACCUUACCGGCACGCUUAUCCUUGUCAAUUGCCUUGAAUUGCUUCGAAGCUCCGCCUUUAGCCCCACCCCCCACGAUGACUUCGCCAUUUAGCUCCACCUCCUCACAAAUCAGUUUCAACAUCACCACAGAAAACUGUACUAAACUUUUAAUGGAUUUACUCUUUUCUACGUCACCAUCAGCUGUGAGUUUACCUCAAUCCAAAAGCCCUGAGCACUUCCUGUACCCGCCUACGUCCAUAUAAGGGCAUACGGAAAGCCAGUAAAGCCAAAACACAGAGUGUUUUAAGUGUAGCUAUUUUUCGAGAUUUCCGAAGGCAUUUUUAUCAGUUUUCUUCAUUGCAAUAUCUAUAUUUUUUUAUACCGGAUGGCACAAAGGAAAUUUUUAUGAUCACUUUGGCAUUUUUCAAGAACAGUUUUUUUUCAGAAAAAAGCAGAUUACAUCUUUGUUCGUUACUAAAAACGAAGGUCUAUUUUGUGACGUCACAUUUACCCAUGUUUAUCUUGUUCUGGAUGUUCUAUAUUUCGUUGCCAAACACUCACGCCUUCCACAUUUGUGAUUUUAUUCCACUGAUUUGUUGCUUCAGUUGCUUUGCACAAGAAGAUGGAUUACUAGAAACGUGAAACACUACAAACUGAUUACAUGAGAGGAAGGAGCAUAUGGCUUGUUAAUGAGAUGGUAAGUUCUGUGUCCCAUGUGUGUUAUCCCUUCAAGCUUUUGCAAAAUUUGCAUUUGUGAGACCAGAUAUCACACCAUGUACUAGGUAUUAAAUUGCAGUGUUGCAUUUGUUUCAAUUGUGAGUCAUUCAUUGUGUUUUUGUCAAGUAAAAAACAAAUGUAGUCAGAUUAAUAAAUGAACAGAUCAUAGCAUAGAUUUUGUUUAUGUCUAUGAUGAUUUUUUUUUGUUCUACAUUUGCAUUUUUUGUACCUACAGUUUCUCCACUUUUAGACUUAUGUUCUUUUAAAAGAGCUUUUUUUUUUAAUAAUAAUAAUCAUUUAUUUUACAUCCCGUAAUUGUCGAGGAGAUUUUGUGCUGUUUUUUGGAACAGCAUGUAGGGAAAAAGUGAAUGUAUUUAAAAUAUAUAUUCUGUGAUAUAGAGUUCUGUCACAUUCAUAAAAUGUUUUUGUGUUAGCUCUUUGAGAUGUUUGAAGUAGCUGUUUGAAAAGUUCUAAUUCACACAUUGUCUUAGUUGCAGCCAAAUGUUUAGCAAGAAAACAAAUUAAACAUGCUGUCCCCAUGUUGUUCCCAUGGAUUCAAUAAAGCAGCUGUAAAUUUAAAGUU